AUGGAAAACUCUUCUAUGCCUCUCUACCAGCAGGACAACAUGUACCAGACCUGUGCCACUUUACACCAAUACAAUUAUCCAAGCUCUGAAGGAUACAGCAGUCUUUCUCCUGCAUCUUCCAUAGACUCCAUUGGCCUAUCUCCUCCAUAUAUUGGUUAUGCAACAUCACAGGAAGCAUAUGGUAACAUUUCUAUGCCUUGUUCUCAGCAAAUGGAUGUGAAAAUUCAACCUAACAUUCCUUCAGAAAAGAAAACCAAGAAAAUGAAAGGAAAACUACCAUACAGUCAACGACAAAGUGCAAGUGAGAGGGAGAAGAUGAGGAUGAGGAACAUCUCCAAAGCUCUACAGAACCUUAGAAGAUAUCUCCCUCCUUCAGUAGCUCCAAUUGACAAGACUCUAACUAAAAUAGAAACACUUCAGUUGACCAUAAGCUAUAUAUCACUGCUUUCUGAACAGCUGGGGCUCAGUGAAGAAGUACUGGAGCAAAGAAGACAAGCUGCCAUACAGACAAGAUGUGCCCAAGAUGUUAGCUGCUGCAUGGAUAUGAGUCAUUCAUUGUGUUCAGAGUCUGUAAAACAGAAUCCGCCAAUUGGGCCACCUACAGAACAUAUACCUUUAACAAGAACCCCAGCUAUUGACUCUAGGUGGCUGAAUAUGCAAACAAGUUGCCAGAUGCCAUAUGAAAUGCCUCAAUACCAUGCAUUACCAGUAAGCCCACUACAGAACCAUUAUCAAGAACCUGGUACAACACUGUCUCAGCCAGCUAAUGACUACUAUGUCACAAGCCACCAACAAAUGACUUUCUAA